GAGAGGCGAUGCCAAAGAGUAGAGGAGGAAAAGGAGUCCACGCUAUAAAGCGGCGGAACGGAACAGCAUAGAGAGGGAGAGGCGCGUAAUCCUUUCCCACCCUUUCACACUUGCCCCCCUGAACUCCUAGACUAUUUAGAAACCGAGGCCUCGAGGAGGGUGGGUAUAUACGCUGCGCGGCGAAUUUGCGGCUGUUCCGAGCCCUUCCGUGUAAGUGCAAAAAAAAGGGCCGUGAAUUGCUACGCGCACGCGCAGCCGCCGCGCCAAGAAGCGCUCGCUCCCUUCGUCUCGCCUCGCCGCGUCGGGUGUCGAGACCGCCCCGCUGCGGCUGCCUCGAUGAGGCCGCCGGAGGUAGCGCUGGCCGCCGCGGUGGCAGUCGCGCUGGUGGCGCUGCUGGCCGGUGUGGGGGAGGCUGCGGCGGCGCUGAUGCUGGAGCGCGCGGUGCCCCACAAGGGGGUGCCCGUGGAGCACCUCAAGGAGCGGGACAGGGCGCGGCACGCGAGGAGGGGGCUGCUCGGCGGGGCUCCCGCCGCCGCCGGCGUGGUGGACUUCCCCGUGGAGGGCUCCGCCAACCCUUACAUGGUCGGGCUCUAUUUUACCCGUGUGAAAUUGGGAAACCCAGCCAAGGAAUUCUUUGUCCAGAUUGACACUGGCAGUGACAUCUUGUGGGUAACUUGCAGCUCUUGCACUGGUUGCCCGACAUCAAGUGGACUCAAUAUCCAGUUGGAGUCCUUCAAUCCUGACACUUCAUCAACAUCAUCCAGGAUAGCGUGCUCGGAUAAUAGAUGUUCAGCUGCCCUCCAGACAGGGGAAGCGGUCUGCCAAACCUCAGACUCCCCAAGCAGCCCCUGUGGGUACACUUUCACCUAUGGUGAUGGGAGUGGCACAUCAGGGUACUAUGUGUCAGACACAAUGUAUUUCAACACUGUCAUGGGAAAUGAACAGAUUGCCAAUUCUUCCGCCUCCAUUGUUUUUGGAUGUAGCAACUCACAGUCAGGAGACCUCACGAAGGCAGAUAGGGCAGUUGAUGGGAUUUUUGGGUUUGGACAGCAUCAAUUGUCUGUUGUUUCACAACUGAACUCUCUUGGGGUGUCCCCGAAGGUUUUCUCUCAUUGCCUGAAAGGUUCAGACAAUGGUGGCGGCAUUCUUGUGCUUGGUGAAAUUGUGGAACCAGGAUUAGUUUAUACUCCACUUGUUCCAUCACAGCCUCAUUACAACUUGAAUUUGGAGAGCAUCGCUGUCAAUGGUCAAAAGCUGCCCAUUGACUCCUCCUUGUUUACAACAUCAAAUGCACAAGGAACAAUCGUGGAUUCAGGAACAACAUUGGCAUACCUUGCAGAUGGAGCAUACGAUCCAUUUGUCAGUGCGAUAGCUGCAGCAGUCUCUCCUUCUGUACGCUCUCUUGUCAGCAAAGGGAACCAAUGUUUUAUUACUUCCAGCAGUGUUGACUCGUCGUUUCCAACUGUGACCCUUUAUUUUAUGGGUGGUGUUGCUAUGGUGGUGAAGCCGGAGAACUAUCUUUUGCAGCAAGCUUCUAUUGACAACAAUGUAUUGUGGUGCAUUGGCUGGCAAAGGAACCAGGGCCAAGAAAUAACUAUACUCGGAGAUCUUGUUUUAAAGGAUAAGAUAUUCGUGUAUGACUUGGGGAACAUGCGCAUGGGCUGGGCUGAUUACGAUUGUUCGAUGUCGGUGAACGUCACCACUUCGUUGGGGAAGAACCGGUACGUGAACACUGGGCAGUUCGACGUGAACGGCUCGCUGCAGCGUGCGUCGCACUGGGGCUUGAUACCUACCGGAGUUGCUACCAUGCUUGUGCAUAUGCUCAUUCUUGGCGCCUCGCGUAGGUAGCAGCCGGGGGGUGGGGUGGGGGGUUAACUGAUGCUGUGAAUUGAUUCUUUAUUGUUGGUGUAUUCAGAGUUGAGACGUCCCUGCACUAGUCCCACGGGCGACGAGUUGCCAUGACAUGAGCAUUCUUACUGUACAUACAGGAAAAAGGUUCAGUGUUCAUGGAGCACGGCCUCCUUUCUCAAAUGCCAGGCCCUUUCUUCUGUGUUGUCUCUCUUUGGCAGUGCGGUUAUACCCACGGUUUCAUUACCGCCGGAAAUGGAAAAUUCUGGUGGUUACUGGGGUUGUAAAAGCUGAUUGGACUAAGCUAAUUUAUUUGACAGAAUUCAGAUACUGUUGCUAUUGUAAA